UUUCUUUAGGACAGGGGCUGGGCAGAGGGCUCAACAGUGGACACCAGUGAGGAGCUGAGGAGGCACUGACCUGAGGACUGAAAGCUGAGGAGAAAGGGCACAGCGAAGGAGGUCUUAGGUUGGAGUCAUGAGGGUGGGAGCCGCAGCUUUGGCUGGGGGGAUUUUCGGGGCGGUAGGGACUCUGUGUUUCUUCGUGGCCUUUGGUACAGACUACUGGCUGGUGGCUAGUGACAACUGUGGACAAUAUACAUGGCCGAUGCAAACAACCCCAACAGGGGAAAAAGAUGCCAAUGGGACUGAGAUCCAGUUGGAGGAGAAAUCCGUCACUGUCUCUCCAUCGUCUCUCGCCCUCCAUCAUGAGGGUUUUUUCUGGCGCUGUUUGUUUCAGGUGGAGCCCACAACACAUGCAGUCCUGGCCACUCUCUUCACAAACCAGCCAGAGUCCAAGGUGUGUAUCCAUGGUUACCUCUUCCCUCUGCCUGUCGCGCUUGGACCGGUGCCUCAUCCAAGUUAUGAUGCUACAGCAGUGUUUCGAGGUUUUUGGACCGUGCUGAUAAUCCUCGGGCUGGUCUCAGCUCUGACUGGAGUCUUCCUCUUGGUCUGUGGUGUCCCCUUCUUUAGCCAUCAACUCUACAAAGUGGGGGGAGCCUUCCUUAUCGCUUCUGCCUGCCUGUUCCUGUUCAUGCUCCUGCUCUACGUGCUGUGGAUGGAGGUGGUGGAUGUGAAGCGCUACGUCCUGCAGGAGAGAAGCAAGAUGUGCCCAGAUCCAGAGGUUUCGGUGCUCUACGGCCUGUCGUUCAUGGUGGCGGCAGCUGGCGUGCCUCUGGAGCUCAUCUCCGGGUUGGUCUUCAUGUUGGUGGGCCGGGCGCUGCGUGCCAGCAAGUGAGCUCACCAUCUGGCCUGUAGGAGAAGAGUGGACUGACCUUUUCUUGUCCUGCACUGGGACUCAGCGGCACACUCGUGGGAUGUAAAUACCAACUGGAAAGAUACAAUCAAUAUUACAGCACCACCCUUUGGAUGUUAAGUAGCAUGCAGUCAGAAACACUGGCUUGGUGUAUCAGUUUUCUAUCAUUUGCUUUGCUUGAUUUCCACAAAUAGGUCAGUGGUAGAGUUUACAGGAUUAAUGUGAUGUGAUGUGGAUAUGAUACUGGCAUUAGGGAGUAGUAUAAGAUGUGCUGAGACUGUUUUUUUCUAAGGAACACUCUGUGAAUAUAAACAUUUCUUCCACCCAA